UUUUAAUAACAAUAAUAAUAACUUCGGCUUCUAGACAUGAUUUACAAAGAAGCCCUCAAUUCAAACGCAUUCAAACUAAAACAUUUUCCGGGAGUAGCGAGGACAUACCAUCUAGUAAUAAUAAAAUUGGAUAGUAAAUGGGCGUUAAACAUACAUGUGUGGGCUUUCCCAUCGGCUUAAAUACAAUCAUAGAAAUUUCGUGUACUGAAACGGCGCACGUUUCUCAUCUCCCAAAGCAAAACAUCACGCAACUCGAAAUCCCUUCGUCAUAGGAUCACGGUAGCAGAACGAAACGGCGAAUUCGACGACGGAACCCAGAAAAGAUGGUGACGAUAUCCAUGUACAGAGGCAACCUUCACAAAGUUCCCGAGGUGCCUCGCCGGUGGACUAUGCCGGAUCGGAACCUCUCUUUCAAGGACUUCAAAUCUCUCCUUCACCGCCGCAAACGAGCUCUUUCUCGUCUCUCCCCUAAUUCUAAUUCUAACCCUAACUCUAACCCUAACCCGAGCCAUAACGUCAAGUCUGAGCUGGCUACGGAUCGGAAGGAUGCGAUUCCAUCUGAACGGCCCGGUCCGUCGGGGAAACAGAAGCUUGUUGAGGUGAAGAGAGAGGAGGUUAAUGGGAAUCAGGUUAGGGAAGAGGAGAAUGGCAGAAUUGAAGGAGCUCGAGCAGGAGGUGGAGAUCGAGUGAUGGAAUUGCUAUCGAAUAAUGAGGGAGUCGCGAAUGAUAAGGCAGAGGCAAAGGAAACAGCUGAAGAAGUAGUACCAAGCGAAAUAGAGAAAGAAGAGAAACAAGUGGAGGAGAGAUUACAAGUGUUGAAUGCAAAGAAACACAAUCUCGUCCAAGUUCUUAAGCUGAUUCUGAAUGCUGAGGAAGAAUUGAAAAGGCGCAGCAGCAUCACGCAACAACCAGGAACAACAGCGUCUCGUCCUUCUCUUCCACUCCAUGUAGAUGUCUCUAAUGACUCUGGAGGUAAUGCUGCUGCUCACAUGGAAGGCGGAGAGACGAAUGAUGCAGGGAAUCAUAAUAAUGCUCAAACUCCCAGUGUUCUUCGACUAUGCGGUGCUUCUUCAUCAUCUGAAUCUCCGCUCAGAAGAGCAGCCGCCUUUUCACAGCACAAUAUGGCUCCGCAUCCUUCUCGAUGGAGCCCACGCGUGGGUCCAACUCAACCGGGGAAUCCAAGUGCUGCUGCGGGAGGAGGCACUGUGUCUGCGUCAGGAACAAACUACAUAGCUUCAUCACCUUCACCAGCUGGUUCUGGUGGCACUUCUGUUUUCAGAGAAACACGUCUACAGAGUCCAGGGAAUUAGCAGCUUCUCCUCUUAUCGCUGCACUAACGUCUUCCUUUUUGUAGCUGUUAAGAGAAAACUAAUGUGAGAUAAUCAGAAACGUGUUCAUAGCGAUUGUUCUAUAAAUAUGAUGUUUUACACUGAAGAUUGUUUGGUCCGACCGUAACAAAAUGUAGUUUAAUUUCAGAUUGGUAACACAUUCAGUUUCCGUAUCAGAAAUCUAAUAAAUAUUUAUAUGCUUAUUCCA